GUCAACUUGACACUGACAGUCAUUUAUUGUCAGAAAAGUUUACCGAAUUGAAACUACCUGAAUUCUAAACUUCUUGCGAUCACGAUAUUUUUAAUGUUCCUGUAUGUGCAUUAUAAAACGCAAUCUAUGAUAAUACAUUUUACUUUUUGAAUAUUUAGUUCUAAUAUGAUUUCAGUUGUGCAUUGUUUUCUGUUACUAUUUCUUUUUACAUUAGAGAAUGCCGCCUGUUCUGAAAGUAAAGGAUUCAUUGUUUACUGUCCCUGUAUGGGGAGGUUUGGAAAUCAAGCUGAUCACUUUUUAGGCGCUCUAGCAUUUAGUCAAGGAUUGAAUAGAACUUUGGUAUUGCCACCAUGGGUAGAAUACCGAUAUGGAGAGCCCAGAUCUGUACAAGUGCCAUUCAAAACUUAUUUUAAUGUAGAAAAUCUAGCUUUAACUCAUAAUGUAGUAACCAUGGAGCAUUUCAUGACCAAUAUUGCUCCUAGUGUUUGGCCAAAUAGCAGACGAAUCUCAUUUUGUUACACACAAAGAAUGGGUGAAGAGAAAAGUAGUUGCAAUGCUAAAUCAGGAAACCCUUUUGGACCAUUUUGGGAUACUUUCAACAUAGAUUUUGUUGACUCUGAGUUUUAUGGCCCUUUAAAUUAUGAUGUGUAUAAUAAAGAAAUGAUGGAUAAAUGGAAACAAAAAUAUUCUAAUGAACAGUGGCCUGUUUUGGCUUUUACAGGAGCACCUGCCAGUUUCCCAGUCCAGAAAGAAAAUGUACAUUUACAGAAGUAUCUUAAAUGGAGUGAUGAUAUAGCUAAUAAGACAAGAUUAUUUAUAAAAAAGAAUAUGAGUGGAGGUGGUUUUCUGGGCAUACACUUGAGGAAUGGGCAAGAUUGGGUUAAAGCCUGUCAGCAUGUUCGUGACAGCACUAUGUUAUUUGCAGCUCCACAGUGUGUGGGAUACAAAAAUGAAAGAGGACCAUUAACAUUGUCAAUGUGUUUGCCACAACCAGCAGACAUAAUUAAGCAAGUAAAGAGAGCACUGAAAAAGUUAGAAAACAUAAAGUACAUCUUUGUGGCCUCCGAUUCAAACCAUAUGAUUGAUGACUUGAACAAAGCAUUACAGCAUGCUGAAGUAUCAGUAAUCAGACUUCAGCCAAUGAAUCCACAUUUAGAUUUAGCUAUUCUAGGACAAGCAAACUACUUUAUUGGUAAUUGUGUAUCAUCUUAUUCAGCAUUUGUUAAAAGAGAAAGAGAUUCAAAAGGUUUGCCUUCGGAAUUUUGGUCAUUUCCUCAUCGGAAAAAAAGUAAACAUGAAGAGCUAUGAAACAUUUUAAAUCAUACACACCUACCGCUGUACUUAAAUUCUUAUAAAGCUUAGCACUUCAUAUAAAUAUUGUCAUUUGAGGUCAUUUUACAAAUAUACAAACAUUUUUUUUUGUGUAAUGUUCCAUUGGUGCUAAUUUACUAAAUAAGAUAAUGGCUGGGUAUUGGAAAAGCUGGGUUUUGGCGAUUAACAGUCAACUGUCGAGACUCCCAGUCUCUGCAUUUGUAAGGCAAACAUGACUAGCAGAAAUAAGUUUACAUACUU